AUGCCAUCAUCGGUCACUAGUGGGGACAAGGAAGUGUACUUGCUGGACCGGAACAAGCAAAACUUAUACAGCGAAUUUAUUCGUCGCUCACGAAUGCAGUUACCUGUUGUUCCUGAGUGGGAGGGUGAGCUUAAACCGCAAAGAGCGGCACCGCCUAAUCCCGGAUCGGCCACCAGAGCACUCAAUAGCAUCGUCAAGCACUUGCGGGCUGGUCAAGCUGCCAAUCGCUACCUAGUCCCGGAUAUUAAUCUACUGCCGAUGCUGCGAGGGGUAACGUCCAGUCCGUUCGGCGCCGUUCAAAAAGGAGAAGUUGAUUUAUCCGGGGAUGCACGCGUGAUACACGACGCCUCAGUGGUGUGA